AUGAACAAGCCGAAUUUGAGUUCUAGAACAGCUAAAAAUCAACAGAAAAGCCAGGAAGAGUCGAAAAAUCAAUUCUCAAGCACCGAAUUUUACGACAAAAUGCAGAAAAUUUCAGAAAAGCUCGGAAAACGUCAAUUCCGUACUAAAAAGAUAAUCUCAGAAUCUCAGAAUCUCAGAAUCUCAGAAUCUCAGAAUCUCAGAAUCUCAGAAUCUCAGAAUCUCAGAAUCUCAGAAUCUCAGAAUCUCAGAAUCUCAGAAUCUCAGAAUCUCAGUUUCUCAGAAUCUCAGAAUCUCAGAAUCUCAAAAUCUCAGAAUCUCAGAAUCUCAGAAUCUCAGAAUCUCAGAAACUCAGAAUCUCAGAAUCUCAGAAUCUCAGAAUCUCAGAAUCUCAGAAUCUCAGAAUCUCAGUUUCUCAGAAUCUCAGAAUCUCAAAAUCUCAGAAUCUCAGAAUCUCAGAAUCUCAGAAUCUCAGAAUCUCAGAAUCUCAGAAUCUCAGAAUCUCAGAAUCUCAGAAUCUCAGAAUCUCAGAAUCUCAGAAUCUCAGAAUCUCAGAAUCUCAGAAUCUCAGAAUCUCUGAAUCUCUGA